AUGAACGCGUCAACAUCAUGGACUGGCAUCCCACGCGAUUAUAGGGAACAAGAACGCCUUCGUUUAGAGCACCAAAUAUUCAGCAACAUCUCCUUUGAACCCGAGGAUGGAAUCAACAACCUCGAGUUUGGCAACGAGCAACCGAGCCAACACCGACCAGGCUUUGUUCUACCUUACGACGAAGAUGAGGAUGGGAUGGAGGGCUCUGAAUAUUCUCUAGAGUUUCCAAGGAAUCCACAAUUGCUUUCAAAAGACUACGCGCCAGACUUGUCCAUUCGAUAUGCCGGCCAGGACCACGAAGAAGGGGAGACGAGGAGUACAGCGGCCCAUCAUGCCAGUGCUGUUACGUUUAGAACUGGUUUGAAAGGUCGUCCUUAUUCACCAGCCGAUUUCGAGUACGACCCUGACCGACAGAUGGAUGACUUACUAAAGGGAAGCUCAAAUCUCUCGUUUCUCAACGAAGAAUCACGUUACAAUGCACCGUCCAAGGAACGUUCGGGUCGGAGCGAAUUCACAAAGCGGGCCCAAGGGCUUAGCAAACAAAUCGAUCACGAAAAAUCCUAUAAACCAUCUCUGCCGACUAUCAACUUGAAUCCUUAUUCUCAAGAGGUCAAAGCCACGUUACCAGCAGCCGCCUUUAACAACACCAACACGCGUGUUUUCCCUGCUCUUUCUCGUGUUCAUCUCCCCGACGUAACCGGUAUUACUACGGCUGUGGCAACACCUCUAAAAGGCGAUGUUUCAUUGAAACGAUUGCCAAACAAGCGCGUUUCGUUGAACCAGCCAAAUGGUAAUGCUACUACCUUGGACAACCUUACAAAGAGGUUAAAGGAUAUCGAAAAAGAGAAUUCGACAAGCCGCAGAAGGGUAAAAGAACUCGAAAUGGAGUUGGAUACAUGUAGAAAAGAAGUUGCGCAAGAAAAGACGCGCCUGCAAGAUAUAUCCAGAAGCUUCGGAUACCAGAAGUCUACAGCUCAAGGCUCCAAAAUGCAGACCAAUGUCACUGGA